GCAUAAAGGGUCAGUGUCUAAAAUGUAAACAAUAACAUUUGCUUGUAUGCGAAAUACGUUUUGUAUACAUGUGCUAGCACGAAAAGCACGUGCAGGCAGUGAUGCCAACUGGAAUUAAAACUUGCACCAAUUUUACAAUAUGAAGUUCGUUAUGGAUGGUUUUCACAAGCUACAUGAUGACUUUGAGAAGGUGAUUGAGAAGGAUGGCAGCAGUAGCUCGGUGACGGAUUCUGACGAUGCAUCAAAACAUGAACAACAGACGGUCCGCGAAUGUGUCAACCAUGCGAUUCACACAAACAAGUUUCAGAUUGGCGUCAUCAUUCUGGUCAUCCUGGACUGUUUACUGGUCAUUGUGGAACUCUUACUGGACUUGAGAGUAUUCGAGCUUCCAGAUCAUGAGAAUCACAUUGCACCUAAAAUUAUUCAUUAUUGCAGCAUAGCCAUCUUGAGUGUGUUUAUGGUGGAGAUAAUGGUGCGGAUGUACGCUCUGCGGUUGGAGUUCUUCAAGCACAAACUGGAAAUGUUUGAUUCUGCUGUGGUCAUCGUAUCGUUUGUGUUAGACAUUGUGUAUAGAAACCAGGAGGGGGCGGCCAAUGGUGUCGGCUUGCUGAUUGUACUCCGGCUGUGGAGAGUUACAAGAAUUCUGAAUGGAAUAGUUCUGUCAGUGAAGCGACAAGCAGAAAAGAGACUUCUGCGAGAGCAUCGCCUUCGACUUGCCUGCGAGCAAGAGCUUGCCAAAUUCCGAGAAUAUUGCACAGGGCAGGAGCAUGAGAUCGAAACCUUGAAAGAACUGCUUCGGAAAAACAACAUAGACUUUGUUGAGAAUCAAGAAGAACCUCCAAUGUUCAGUACAAUCGAUGUGGUGGCAGAGGUGAACGAAACCAUCCAUGAUUCAGAUCCCAAUUCAACUGACGGAGCAAAAGAAAGUAGUAGUGACCAUUCUUAAAGGUUUUACACAAACACAGAAUGUUAAGAAAACUGCCGUGUCCCUUUUCAGAUAUUUUGCCAAAAACUUAAAUUGUCUUGAAGAUUUUCAUAAUGGCAUUUGUAUUUAAAGAUUAAUAAUAAUAAUAAAACGUUUGGAUGUAGGUACAUUUAUAUAUAUUUAUAUUUAUACAAAAGUACUUUAUAAAAUCUUACAAACCAGUCUUAAGUGAGUAAAAUAUUCCACCAACUCAUUGAUCAACAAUGGCAGUAGUAAUUAUACAGCCUUGUAUUGUGAAUAAAUAGCCAAAAUACUGAUCAAGCCAAAGCUUACAUGUAAGGAGUACUACAACUAGCUUUUUAGUUGAGAAGUGCUGUAGUUUUAACCUGAUCUUUGGAAGACACUUAAGACCAUUCAAUUUUGUAAACUUUUACCAAAGUUGAUCAAUAGUUCUGCAUCUACAUGUCUAUAAGGGUGGGACGCAGCCCAAUGGUAAAGUGCUUGCCCGAUGCACUGUCGGUCUAGUAUCGAUCCCCGUCUCAAUCUAGCCAGUGCACCACAACUAGCAUAUCAAAUGCUGUGGUAUGUGCUAUCC